AUGCUCAAUUUAUAUGCAUCCUGCCCAAAAAAUGAUGCCAAAGUGUUACUAGGGGGUGCAAAUGCAAAAAUUGGCAAGGGAAAGGAAUUUAGAUCAAUAAUUGGCAAAUUUAGUCUCCACGACACUUCAAGCGACAAUGGAAAGCGACUUAUUGACUUUGCUGCAGACCGGAAUAUGAUCAUACCAAGCACGAUGUUCCAUCAUAAGAAGAUACAUAAAAUGACCUGGCGAUCUCCUGAUAGGAUCACAUUCAAUCAAAUCGACCAUUUUUUGAGUGAUUCCAGGCAUAAAUUGGAUAUAGAGGACGUAAGAACCUACCGAGGUGUCAACUUAGAUUCAGACCACUUCUUAAUAAUAGCAAAACUACGAGCUAGAAUCUCCAACUUUCGAAGGAUUCGAGGAAAAUGUUUGGAAAAGUUUGACUGCAAGCAACUAAAAGAUGAGGCAAUUAAGCUCAAAUUCCAGAAUCAAAUUGACAGUAGCCUUAAAGAAUCUAAGGAUAACCAUAGGGAGGAAGAUAGCAUAAACGCUAAAUGGAACUCUUUGAAGGAAAAAAUCGUUAAGACUGGUAACGAAGUUGUUGGAAAAGUUAAGAAAACUAAAAGGAAAGAUUGGUUUGAUAGUGAAUGCUACAUGGCAGCAGAAAAAAAGAAUGAAGCAUAUAAAAAGGUGCUGAAUAAGAGACAUUCUAGAAAUGCUGAGAUCAAAUACAAAGAGGCAAGAAAGGAGGAGAAGAGAAUUCAUAAAACAAAGAAGAAUGCAUUUCUCGAGGAUCUUUUAAAAAAUGUUGAACAUUUAAGGGGAUCUAAUGAAAGCAGAGCUUUCUUUCGGGAAAUAAACCUAGGACGAAAGGAAUUCAAAUCUAGAACUACCUCAUGUCGUGACAAGAAUGGAGCAAUCUUGACUAACAAUUUGCAAGUAUUGGAGAGAUGGAAUGAGCAUUUUUAUGAACUACUGAAUGGAGUUAGCGAUGAACAUGAACCACCUACAGAAGACAUUGGAAUUUAUAACCAACAUAUUGGGGAACCACCAACAUUAGAAGAAGUCGAUGACGGAAUGAAAAAGCUAAAGGACAAUAAAGCACCAGGCUCCGAUGACAUCCCAUCAGAAUUUCUAAAAAAUGGGGGAACAUGCGUCACGAAGAGAAUAUAUGAUCUGGUACGAGCUAUAUGGGAGUAA